AUGCAUAGUCAUCAACCUAUCACACAUAAACCACUGUAUAACCAACAGGCAAGUGCCGUCUCAAAGUACACAGUACCUGGGAAAAAUGUCAAGAUGACCAGUGCAAAACUGCGAGCUCAAUGUGUAUCUCACCCAAAGCAUACUGUUCUGGUAACCUGCUACCUCCAGUUCUAUGGUCAUGCAUUUGCUAAUGUGUCGAGUUAUGGCAAUAAAGAACUGGUUGUUGAUGAACAAGUCUAUCAAUGUUACAUUGCAACUCAGCUCUUGCAGUCUCUCAAGUUUGAUGCCUUAUUCUCCUGUGUCGAUAUUGUUAGUCUGGUCUCAUCUCACCCUGCUGCUUGCAAUGCUCUGGUAAAAUAUGCUGCUGCUAAUAUCAAAGAUGUUGAUUUGGGCUUUAUUUGCGAACAUGCUGGUGGGAUUCUGGCCUCCUCACCCAUCAGCUAUCUGAAAGCUGCCCAGUUGAGGGGCACACUCUUUGAAGAUGACUAUGACACCAGCACCAUUUCAUCUGUGUUUACUAAGUUUUAUGUUGAUCACACCGAGCCUCUAGCAGUGUUGUCACACUGCAAAGAGAAGGAUCAAUGGUGCUUGGGCGAGCUCCUCGAUGGAUAUGAAUUUCUUGCUAUCUUUCCUAUUGCACCUGUGAGCCCAACCACACCCAUAAGCCUAGUUGAGCCCAAGACCCCAACUGUGUCCUAA